AUGAUUGGUCGAAUAAUUAGACAAUUCUCCGAUUCAAAAGCUGUUAUGACAUCUCGUCUUUUGUAUAAAUUCUUGUUAAGAGAGUGUGAAAAGUUGCCGCCGGAUGCUUGUAAACAUUAUAAAUUUGCUGUCAAACAGAGUUAUAAGCAGCAUAAAACUGAAUCUGAUCCCGAAAGAAUUAAGGAUAUAAUACAAAAAAGUGUUGAGGAUGCUAAGUGGAUUGUAGCAAAGUAUACAAAGAAAUAA